ACCAGUCAUGGUGACCGGGAGGAGAGGAGGGAGGCAUGCAGCAGCCACUCAGUCAGUCAUUUAGUCAUUUGUUUUCCCUCUAGCUCACUAGCGUGUUGUGACACUCCAAGGAUUUUAUUUUCACUACACUUAUUCUGUAAGACGCAGCUCUGUAAGAAAAACGUCUUUUUCUUCCUGUUUUUGAAGACACUCAAAAUCUUGAUUCACUUGAAAAGGAGAUCCCUAUAAUUCAGUGCUUCUUGUGUGAUGUUCUGAUCCUGUUUAUAAUCCCACAUUGGCUGCUGUUGUGUGCUGGUGUGGCUGUUGUGCCUCUGCUGCCAGAGUGUGGAGAAGGGAGCUUUGUAGGAAAUUCAAAACAGGGGGGGAGGAACCUCAGAAGAUGGUUUGACUUGGAAGACAGAGAGAGCGAUCAUCUGUUGUGGAGCGGCAUCUUCUCUGUUGCAAGGAGAGACAAGUCUUUGGUUUUCAGGAAGAAAAAAAGGGAUGUGAGACAAUUGAAGGUUUUAUAUCCCAUUCUUGGACAAAUUUUCUUUAAGAAGGAAGAAGUAUUUUGCUUUGGGAAAGAAUCUUUUAAGUUUUUGCUUCAGUUCAGUUUUACAACAUGGCUGGGAUGUAUGGAUGCUUCAAGAGCAGGAAGCUCUUUGCUUUCUUUCACUCCCCCUUGCUCUUUAUUUUAUGUGUCCCUUACUCAUCCUCUCAUCUAUAAUCCUCUUCCACUGUCUUCUCUUUUCGAAUCUAUCUUUCUUUUUGCCGGCUCCCUCUCCUUCCCCCUGUCAUCCCUCCAUCCUUCUCAUAGAUGAAGCGGAGGAUGUCACCGUGGGGAGCUGGCUUUGGAAGUGGCCGCAGCAGUGACAGCGCUGCCAUGGCAUCGGGACCUCCAGAUGUGAUGACCAAUCAGGAUCCUGCUGAGGUCGCGGAAGAGUGCUCAGGAAAGAAGAAAUCCAAGUUCCAGACGUUUAAAAAAUUCUUCGCCAGGAAGAAGAGAAAGGAGCCACCAGCCGCAGGAGCAGACGCGGGGCUUAAAGCCAGCCAAUCAAGCGACAAUGUCAGCAAAACAUCCGAAAAUAACACGCUCACUCGAUCAGAGAAGGAAAAGGGCUCUGGGUCAAAGAUCAGCCUGGGCAGCAAGGCCUUGUCACAUGACUCUGUCUUUGUUUCGGACUCAUCGGAGGCCAACGAUGCUCUGGGGGCAUCUCAGGACAGCAUUCAUGGGAAAGUGAAAUCACUACAGCUCCAGCUGAAGCACGCCAUCGGACUGGGCUCGCCUCCAUCCCUCAUCUGCGUGAAGAGAACAGAAGAUGCUGGAACCAUGUCCGAGGAUGACGGCCUGCCCUGCAGUCCACCUGAGUACACGACACUCCACGCAGUCAUGAAUCAGGCGAAGAGGAACAGCUCGAUCAGUCUGGAGAGAGUAGACAGCGAUGACGACCAGCUGUCCUGUGCUGCCUCCAGUAGAGCAGUGAGCCCCCUGGUGGUUCCCGGGGACUUCAGCCAGCCGGCCAGUCCCUUCGGAUGUCUGGAUAACUCUGCUGCCAAACAUAAGCUGGGCCUGAGAUACAAAGCCUGCAACAAGAGGAAACCUGUCACUAGGCUGGAGAUGAAGGCAGGAGGAGACUCUGUGCUGGAGGACCUACAGAACACCUCCAUAACUGAAGAUUUGGAGGAGCGAGAACAGAAGACAACAGUUGUUGAUGAGCUAAAACCAAAGGUGGAGAAGGAAGAAGAUGAUGAGGAGGAGGAGGAGGAAGAAGAAGAGCGACCACAGAAUUCCAGACAAUCCCUGUUGAGAGAUAAGGAGGAGGGAGAGGAUGAGUCGGAAGCAGAACAGGAUGUUUCUCGCAGUCUGGACACUUCCUUUCCACCCGAGCUGUGUCUCUCAGAGGAGGAAGCUCCGGACACCGAGCGCCCGCCCUCCUCCAAGCCAAGCUCAAGCGCCUCCUCUCUGGACAGUCCCAGAGCCACACCAGAGCCCCCUGCUGAUCAGAGAGAGUACUUGCUGGACCCCCCAGGCAUUGGGUAUGGAGCCGUGGAGAACAGGGUUGACAGUGACUUGGCGCUGAGAGGAGAAGAAGAUGGAGUCCAGGAAAACAGGGGGGAGGAGAGCUCCUUCUUACAGGAGGUGCUGAGCUCCUUGAAGACCCCCCUCGCGUCUUGCUCACUGGGCGUGGAGACUGAGGGUGUCGUCCUGGAGAUAGAGGAGGAGGUGAAGGAAAAGGAAAGAGAAGACGUAGAGGUAGAAGAAGGCGAGGAGGUGAAGGAAGAGGAGGCAGAGGUGGAGCAGCCUGUCAGUUACCAGGCUGCUCCUGCUGGCUCCUUCCUGUCAGAUCAGACCAACGAGGAAGAGGAAGAGGAAGCCAGCACUGCCUCUUGUCAAGAUGUUGAAGAAGAGGAGGAAGUUGAAGAUACAGAAGAAGAAGCAGUAAAUGCAGAGGAGGAGGAGGAGGAGGAGGAAGAAGAAGAAGUAGUGGUGGAACUAUUCAGUCGACAUGGUCCCAACAAGGAAGGAGAGAAAGAGGAGGCAGAGGAAGUCAAACCAGAGGAACAAAGUGAUACGCUCACAGGUAACACUGUUAACCAGGCAGAGGAAGAGGAAGGAGAAGAGGAAGAAGAAGGAGAAGAGAGUGAGGGAGAGGAAGAGGCGAUAGAGCUGGAGAAGGAGCCAGAGGUGGAGGAGGAGGGACAGGAGAAGAGGGAAGAGGAAGAUGAAGAGGUGAAGGAAGCAAGAGAGAGAGUAGAAGAGGCAGAGGAAGCGAUAGAAGACGAGAGGGACAACGCAGAAGAGGUGAUGGAGGUGCUUCCUGGUGGGUCAGAUGAAGGCGUUAAAAUGGCGCUGCAGGAGACGGAUGAGGGCGUGGACGUGGUCGGAGACGACCCCGUGUACAUUCCUCAUCACCCGAGUGAUGACGAAAGCUUUGGAGAGGAGAGGGAAGAGGAAGAAGAGAGAGUGGAAGAAGGUGUAGAGAUCAACCACAUGGAACAAAGAUCAGACCAAGAGAAAGAAGAGGAUGAAGAAAACCAACCUGAUGAAGAUCAAACUGAACAAGAUCUGGAGCAGGAAGGUGUAGAAAACUACCAUCUAGACGUAAAGCAAGUGGAAAAAGAUCAAACUGAAGCCGCAGAACAAGCUGAUGUUUCCUCCAAGCCUUCUUCUUUGUCUCUCCAAGAGUCCCAUUAUGAGACCCAGUCACAAGAGAGCGGAACCAUCACUCCCAGUAAGACCAGCACUACCACUCUCCACAUAAAUCUGAUCUCUCCAAGCUCAGAGAAAGUCACGUCUUUCUUCCCACAGUCUCCAACUGCCGCAUGUCCCAAAGAAAGCGAGGCGUCUUCUCAUGCUGUGGCAGCCACAGAGCAACAUGUGGCAUCCACAGAAGAAGAACCAGCUGACACCGUGGAAACCAUAGAAGAAGAUACACAGUUGGCCCUGGAAGAAGAAGCUACACCUCCCGCGUCUGUGGAGGAAACAGUCGGUUCAGAUCAGAGUAAAGUCCGCUUCACCGUCGCCCCCGCCUGGCAGAGGUCACACUCUGUAGAAGAUGCCAAAGAGAGUUCUCCCUCCUCUCCGCCCGCCUGCGUCUCCUCUCCGUCGUCUGCCAUCGCAGGGCCUGGAGGUCUGGAGGCGGAGGCUAAGAAGGACCCGGAAGUGAAAGAAGAGCCAGCGAGUCCGGCUAAGGUUGAACUGGUGUUGAGUCCUGGGAGAGGGAGGAAUGCAGGGACCACUGCUGCCAAACCACAAAGCAUCACAACGCCGCCUCAGUCCCCGGUUAAACAUCAGAGCUCAGAAGAAAGCUCUGUCAUAGCGGAGGGAAACCCCGACAACCCGUUUGGAGUUCGGCUGAGGAAGACGUCAGUUCUGCACCGCUUCAGCUCGGAGGAGGAAAACACAGAGCCUCCCAUCGAGCCACAAGCUCAACCAACCAGCUGUAAAGUUGACUCGCCGCAGCCAAUCGGUGUAAAGCCCUCCAUAAGUCAGCCAGUCAGCAGCAAGCCAGCCCUCCCCAAGAAACCAGAGCGCAUCUCAGACCCAGCUGCAGCUCGAGGUGUUUCCAGUGGAUCUGAGUCUCCCAGCUGGAUCUCUGUGGCCAAACAGAAACAGAAGAUCUAUAAAGAAAACUCACUGGAGGAGAUUACUGUCAAGAAGGAGGAACAAGAGAGGAAGACUUCACUGCCAAUGUACGUCAACUCAGCUGUAAGCAGGGAGCACGGCAACAAAACAGAGUCUACUGGCAAAGUGAGUCCAGAGAUCAGUAAGUCUUCAGUGUCUGUAGAAAAGGAGGCCAGGAGGCUCGUUUCUCCUCCAACUCCAGUGCCAUCUCAACCUCCUAAAUCCCAGUCGCUCCCCUGCCCUGUCCCUCCAAAACCCCAGGUUCCCCCUGUCACUGCGAAACCCCCGCCCCAAAGAUCCCUGUCACCCCCCACUCCGGUUCCUGUCCCCCAGAAACCUGUGUCUUGCACAAGCCCCCCUUCUCUCUCCAAAACGGCCACCUCAUCCAAGACACCCCAGCCCCAGAGCACAACAGUUACCUCCCCUCCUUUUUCAUCGAGAACCGCCCCGGAAAAGUCUGGUUCAAGAGCUCCAGGGCUUUCCGGCCAGAGCCCGUCCUCCCAGCGAGGCCUGCCUACCCCAGCGUUACCCCAGGACGAGCCACCCUGGAUGGCCCUGGCCAAGAAGAAGGCCAAAGCCUGGAGCGAGAUGCCCCAGAUUGUCCAGUGACGGGCGCAGGUUGCAGUGAGGUCUAGUACGUGGGCCCCAGCUGGCUCAGAAAAGAUCUGAAAGCGGCUUCAUGUGAGCGCCUGAAUGGACCACAAUGCAUUUGCACACAAAGAGUUGCUGUUUUCUCUUGUUUUAUUAUUUUUUUUACAUCCUGGUUUCUGUCCUGGCUCAAGGCUUUGGAUUGGUACAAACCCUCCAAUCACAGCUAAAGACAGGCUCUUUCUUUAAGUCCUUACGUUGUACAUUCAUGUUUUCUAAAUGACUUAAGUCUCACUUUAAGUGGAUCCAUUUUCUUUUUUCUUCAACAGUCUUGUGUGUUAUAAGGUGCCUGAACGAGAGAAAAAAAUACCUGUAGUCUCACAACAGUAAAUAUUAAUUUUUAUCUAUGAUUCCAUUUGAUUUCACUAAACAUUUCAGGGAGGAGAAGAAGGAGACAUUAUUUUAUAAAGAUUUAUUCACAGAAAGUUGGUUACAAAUGAGGAUAAAAAGUGUUUGUGUGUGUGUGUGUGUGUGUGUGUGUGUGUGUGUGUGUGUGUUAAAGCUCGCAUUUUGAGGAAAGUGGAAAAUAUUGUGACCAUAGAGUAACACAGGAUAACAUCCAAGUUAAGCUGAAGAAAAAUGUGCUGAUCCACAACUGCUGUCUGUGUGUCGGGUUCUUUAGACAAAUAAUAUUUCUUGUAACAUAAUCCGCAGACGUUAAACUAAUGAUGUGUGUUGUGUUAGAGAGCGCUGAGUGUGUCCAAUAUGUUCCAGGUUUGUCGAUGUAAAUUAUAUUUUUAAUUUUUUCUCUUUUUGAUAUUUUGAACCACAGAUUAUCUGUCAGCAUCCUACAGAAAACCUCCGAAUCUAUUCAGGAAUCAAGGAAAUCUAUCAUCAUGUUGACUUUCAUGUGUUUUUAAUACUUUUCGAUGCAUCAUUAUGUUGGCAGCAUGUUGCAGAUUAUGAAACAUUUUACAUUGUAAAUGAAACAGAAAUCAAUAUAUUGUUAAUUAGCCACUCGGAUGUUGGUUUUCUAAAGGAAAGAAAGUGUCACGGCUGAACGUUUUCUUUCUAUCAAUUAAAUCUAUCUAUCUCACAGUAGCUAUAUAUGUUUUAUGCAUUUUGUUUUAUUUUGUAUUGCCUUUUGAAAAUUUGUCUUGUACAUAAAAUGUGCAGUAAAGAACAAAAUAAAUCUGUUUUUUUUCUGUG